CUAGAUAAAACUAGAUUCAAGAUUGCCUCCCUAGUUCUGUCAGUCGGACCCUAGAUCAUGAGAAUGAAUGAAUGCAUGAUCAUCUGACAUCUGUCGAUCUGAUAAUCAUCAUCUCACUAAUCAUAAUGAUUCACUAAUUGGAGUAAUCUAAAUCUCGGUCACAGUGAUUGAAUGAUAUUCAGUUCAGUCCAAUCAUCAGUCAAUGUAAUCACUGUGCACUGACUCAGUGAGUGUCUCUCAGAGACUCUCUGACUACUGAGUCAGUGACUGUCGUUGUCACCGUUGUGUCAUCUCUGUCCAUUGAGCUCCUGUAACCGAAUCCCUUUAUUUUCCCGAUUUGAGCAUGUAAGAACUAAGUGUCAUAGAUUCAUUUGAAAACAGCAAUGCAAGUCUUUCUAAGAAAUACUUUCAAGACAUCUGUAAUCAGUGUAAGCAGUAUUAGCAAGUUUAUGAGUAAACAGAACAUCAUAUCAAGGACACUAUUUAAUCUGCACACUCCACAGAUUUUAUAUUUAACUUGCGGUACAUCUUUCAGUGUCUUCCCUUUGAUUCACUGCAGUCCUAUCAAAUCUGUGUUAGACUGCAAUAUCAGACUCAUCCUCUGCCAGAAUCGGACAAUCUUCACGCUACGAAACAGGUUAUUCAGCUCUCAAUUAGGUCAAGGUAGUGAUAUUGAAGGUCGCCCUGUUGACGCUGUUGUAAUAAGUCAAGUAACUAUCAAUAUGACGACUCACAAUGUUCUACAUAAUCAAACUGAAAACUAUUUCUUUAUCGUAUUAAAAGGUGAAGAAAAGAAGUUGGCCAAACUGGAGUAUGUUUGGAUCAAACCAGGACUUGUGGAUCUAUAUCACACAGAGGUUCCAGCGGAGUAUCAAGGACAAGGGAUAGCCAAACAACUAGUUCUUGCUGCAUUGAAUGCUCUGUGUACAGAAGGGGUGACUAUUAGACCUACUUGUAGCUAUGUGCAGAAAGUGCUACGUGAGAACCAAACACAGCAAUACAUUGGUCACAUUGAGACGGGUUUCAAGAUUUAACAAUAUACAGAAUGAUGUGUAGCAUUUGUUGAGAAUGAUUUUAUGUUCUAAUGUACCAGUAUAGGAUUUGUUGAGAAUGAUUUUAUGUUCUAAUGUACCAGUAUAGGAUUUGUUGAGAAUCAUUUUAUGUUCUGAUGUGUAGAACAUAAAAUCAUUGAGAAUGUGAGAAUGAUUUUAUGUUCUGAUGUGUAGAACAUAAAAUCAUUGAGAAUGUUGAGAAUGAUUUUAUGUUGAUGUGUAGCAUCAUUUGUUGAGAAUGAUUUUAUGUUCUGAUGUACCAGUAUAGGAUUUGUUGAGAAUGAUUUUAUGUUCUGAUGUACCAUUAUAGGAUUUGUUGAGAAUGAUGUACCAUUCUGGUGUGUAGCAUUUGUUAAGAUUGACUUGAUAUUCAAGUGUAAAUUGUUACUGGUAUAUAGUUUUUGAGAAUUUGAUAUUUAGUGUAUCAAUAGUUGAAUAUUAUAUCAAGGUACCUGGUAUCAGUUGUUGAAUGGAUAUUCCAGUGUAUGAAGCACUUUUUAAGAAUGGUUGGAUGCUUUUCUUUCAUACAUCUGUCCCAUAGAGUACAGGUAUAUAUUUAUUUUAGUAACUGGAAUAAUAACUAUGUUAAACAGUU